CCCUUCGUUUCUCAAGUGAACAGGUGAAGAAGAAAGCCGUCUUCCAUAAUCGUUUCUUCAAUUAUCUUCUGUUCUUUCUAUUGAUUCGAUUUCGUAUUUGUUUUCAAGGUUCGAAGCUCUUCGCAUCAAACCCUAGGAAAUUGAAGAUGAGGCCGAUUUUGAUGAAGGGACAUGAACGUCCAUUGACGUUCCUGAGGUACAACAAAGAUGGCGAUCUACUUUUCUCCUGCGCCAAGGAUCACACUCCCACCCUCUGGUUUGCCGAUAACGGCGAGCGCCUUGGCACAUACCGUGGCCACAACGGUGCUGUUUGGUGCUGUGAUGUCUCCCGAGACUCGUCAAGAUUGAUCACUGGUAGUGCUGAUCAGACUGCAAAGCUCUGGGAUGUGAAAUCUGGAAAAGAAUUGUUCACAUUCAAGUUUGGUUCCCCUACGAGGUCUGUGGAUUUCGCUCUUGGAGAUCAUCUUGCAGUGAUUACCACUGAUCACUUCGUGGACCGUAUGGCUGCUAUUCAUGUGAAGCGUAUUGCCGAAGAUCCUGAAGACCAGGUUAGUGAUUCUGUGCUUGUCCUUCAAUGCCCUGACGGAAAGAAGAGGAUCAAUAGAGCUGUUUGGGGUCCCCUGAAUCAAACUAUUGUUAGUGCUGGUGAAGAUACUGUUAUCAGAAUCUGGGAUACGGAGACUGGAAAAUUGCUCAAUGAAACAAAUGAGGAAGUGGGUCACAAGAAGGCCAUUACAUCGCUCUGUAAAGCAGCUGAUGAUUCUCACUUCCUUACAGGUUCACAUGACAAAACUGCAAAGCUUUGGGACAUGAGAACGCUGACUCUUAUCAAGACUUACACCACUGGGGUGCCCGUAAAUGCUGUCGCCAUGUCUCCACUUCUCAACCAUGUUGUACUUGGAGGUGGUCAAGAUGCAUCAGCUGUGACUACCACUGAUCAUCGUGCUGGAAAGUUUGAAGCUAAGUUUUACGACAAGAUUCUGCAAGAGGAAAUUGGUGGUGUGAAAGGUCAUUUUGGACCUAUAAAUGCUUUGGCAUUCAAUCCUGAUGGGAAGAGUUUCUCUAGUGGAGGUGAAGACGGUUACGUGAGGCUGCAUCAUUUUGACUCCGACUACUUCAACAUCAAGAUUUAGAUUCCGACUACUUCAACAUCAAAGAUUUUAGAUUCUUUGAAAAAGUCUCCCAUUCCGGAUUUUGUUUUCUCGCUUUUUUAACAUUUUCAUGUUUUUAUGUACUACCAAUACCAAUACCAAUACCUUGAUGAUAAAAGCUUUUGAAUUUUGGCAGAAUCUUUAGUUUUCA